AUGCUAGCACCUCAUGUCAUCACCCAUCUUUUUUUUGCUGUGAUACAAUUUCUCUCAGGGGCUUUGGCAAAUGGCAUUAUUGUGCUUGUGACUGGCAUGGAUUUGAUCAAGCAGAGAAAGAUGGCGCCAUUGGAUCUACUCCUUUGCUGCGUGGCAAUUUCCAGGAUUUGUUCCCAGAUAGUCACCUUCUACCUUAUUCUGGCUGUCCUGUCCUUGGUUGAAUUCUGGCCACUUGCUGAGACGCUUAUACUUUUCAUGUUUGUGAGUGAAUCAGCACUUUGGCUUGCCACGUGGCUCAGCGUUUUCUACUGUGCCAAAAUCGUCACCAUUGUUCACCCAUUCUUCUUUUGGUUGAAAUUGAGGAUAUCCAAGUUGGUUCCAUGGCUGAUUUUUGGAUCCUUGCUAUAUACAUCUUUAACUGCUGUUUUACACAGUAAACAUGCUUGGGUUAUUUCCCAGAAAUUCUGGUUGGGCCUUUUCUUCCCAAAUGCAACAAUUCAAAUCGAAGAACUACCUACGUUACAAGUUGCCUUUCUUUGCACUGAGUUCUCGUUGCCAUUACUUAUCUUCCUUAGUUCUGCUCUGCUCUUGAUAUUUUCUCUGGGGAGACACACCCAGCAGAUGAAAAACACAGCACAGGGCACCAGGCACCCUAACAUGAGUGUCCACGUCAACGUACUUCUGUCCAUCCUGUCUUUCCUGAUCCUCUACCUCUCUCAGUACAUGAUAGGUGCUUUAGUCUUUUUUCAAAUUUCCAAGGUCGGACAGCUCUUCUUUCUGAUUGCCAUGUUUGUGGUUGGUUCAUACCCCUCUGGACACUCCAUUAUCUUAAUUUUAGGAAAUCCUAAACUCAAACAAAGUGCAAAGAAGCUCCUCCUCCACAGUAAGUGCCGUCGAUGA